AGAAGAGCUAUAGAGGUGCAAUGGCCAGAGCUAGAACUGGGCUUGGCCUUAUAUUUAUUGGCCUCUUGGCAGCCCAUUAGGCCUUGUAAAUCUCAGUCAUGUCUAGCUUUAAUUAAGCCAUCUGGCCCGUUCUAUGCCGAAAUGGUCCAGAAUGUGAAAGGCUGUGUUUGUCUGUUUGAUGCCGCCAUAAAGAUUGUUUUGGGGACUCCAAAGCUCAAAACAGAAAAGGAGUUACUAUUAAGCAUAAUGACUUUCAUUUCCUUAUUCACGGCCACAUUCUUCGUCCUUUUCUACAGCUUGUGGCAGCCAUUUCUCUUCGGCAACCACGCCAAAAUCGAGCAGGACAAAAAUAAAUUAGUUGUGAAAGAUGAGCUCCAGAUAGCCUUGGAGAAGGCCUCGACGGCGGAGGGCAAAACGGUAAUUAUCUCCGUGGUCAACUCGGCCUACGCGGAGCCGCAGGAUGAGGUGGGCCCGGCCAUGAUGGAUCUAUUCCUCGAGGGGUUUUGGGCCGGGGAGGGGAUCCGGCCGCUCGUGGGCCGUUUACUGGUGGUGUCUGUGGACCGGGAGGCCCAUGAGAGGUGCCUGUUUCGUGGGCUGAACUGCUAUAUGCUGGCGGCGGAUGACGUGGAUGGCGGCGGAGGCGGUUUAGCCGGGGAGAAGGAGUUCAUGUCGAAUGGGUUUGUAGAAAUGAUGUGGAUGAGGACUCGUUUCCUAUUGGAUGUGCUCAAGAGGGGAUUUAGCUUCAUAUUCACGGACACAGAUGUGCUAUGGCUAAGGGACCCUUUCACAUCAUUGAGCUCGAACGAAACCAUAGACCUACAAAUAAGCGUCGAUUUCGUCAAUCGCAACUCGUCCCUAAACCGAAUUCCCAUCAACACGGGCUUUUACUUCGUGAGAUCCAACGAGAAAACCGUGUCAUUAUUCAAAAUGUGGUACGACAUGCGGGAAAACUCGACCGGCAUGAAAGAACAAGACGUGCUAGAAAAACUCAUGAUAGACGGGUUUCUCGAAAAACACGGCCUCAAAACGAGAUUUCUCGACUCUACGUACUUCAGCGGAUUCUGUGAGGACAGUCGAGAUAUCGAGCGAGUGGCAACCGUGCACGCCAACUGUUGCCGGAGCAUAAGUGCCAAGGUGGCAGAUUUAAAGGCAGUUUUGAAGGUAUGGAAAAAGUUUCGGAAUGACAAAAGUACGGGAAACUGGUACGGAAACUUUCAAUGGCCCAGUCAUACGUCAUGCAUAGAUUCAUGGAACGUGACGAAGAUGUAUAAUGGUAGAAACAUUAAUAAGCAAACAAUGGAGAAGUCCAAAAAGUGCUCCGAUUUCAUGAGCCUUGCAAUAUUCAUCUCUUUAUUCCUAGCAGCUGCUCUUCUUCUUCUUCUUCUAUUUUCUUGGCAAACCUUACCAUACACGCCUUUAUUUAUUCAAACGACUAACCAUCCCUCUAUAGCGCCAAAUAAAUCGUCAAAUAUGGUGAAAAAAGAUGAUCUCCAAAUAGCUCUGGAGAAAGCUUCAAUGGCAAACAAGACGUUAAUAAUCGCUUUCGUCAACGAAGCUUACGUGGAGCCGCACGAAGACGAGUACCCAACGAUGCUAGAUCUCUUUCUCGAGGGCUUUUGGGCCGGGGAGGGGACUGGGCCGCUAUUGGGCCACCUACUGGUGGUGUCCAUGGACCGGGCGGCCCACCGGAGGUGCGAGUUCCGGCGGCUGAACUGUUACGAGCUGGCGGCGGGCGGCGGCAAUUUUGCCGGAGAGAAAGUUUACAUGAGUGAUGGAUUUAUAGAGAUGAUGUGGCGGAGGACUCGUUUCCUAUUGGAGGUUUUAAACCGAGGAUUUAGCUUCGUCUUCACGGAUACAGAUAUAUUAUGGCUGAGAAAUCCAUUCACAAGAUUGAUGAUAAAUACCGAAAAAGCCCUCGACAUGCAAAUAAGCACCGAUCGAUUUAAUGGCAACUCAAAAUCCGAAAAAAACCCGAUCAACACGGGAUUUUACUUUGUCCGAUCCAACAAAAACACAAUCUCAUUGUUCCAAACAUGGUACAACACAAGGAAAAACUCGACGGGACUCAAAGAACAAGACGUGCUAGCAAAUUUAAUACGUGACGGGAUUUUUAAAAGAUUAGGUCUCCGUAUAGAAUAUCUCGACACGUUGUACUUCAGCGGGUUUUGCAAGGACAGUCGGGAUAUCGAGCUUGUGGCGACUGUUCAUGCCAAUUGUUGUAGAAGCAUCAAGGCCAAAGUUGCUGAUUUGAAGAGGGUUUUGCAUGAUUGGAAGAGGAGAAAGAAAAGGGGAAAAAAGGUUAACAAAAAUGGCAACACUGAGGAAUUUGAAGAUAAGACAUCGACGUGCAAGCGCAUACUGAAGGAGCUCCAUUCCUACGAGAAAGAGGUCGAAACAGAGGCCGCUAAGACCGCCGAUAUGAAGGCCAAAGGGGCCGAUCCCUACGACCUCAAGCAACAGGCCGAGCUAGAGGAGUCUGGUGAACAAGGAGGCUCAGAAUAUGAUGAUGCUCGGAGCAUAGUUUCAGAGAUGUUGUGU